AUGUAUCGUGCAAUAUUAAACGGCGCACACUUUCGUCUUCUUUGUUACGUUCAAAGACUUAUCCAUAAAACACCAAACUACAGUACAACAGUAUUUGAUACCGUCGACGCAUUUUCUUACCUAAGCAGAAAUGGGAAUAAGGAAGACACUAGGAUACCUAAACUUGGUGUCAUAUAUAAUAACUUCAGUGGACCACAACCCACAGAUGAAAUAAAAAAUUCCAUUGAUCUCUUUAAAUUAUCCGGUCUGGACUUGGACAAUGCACUUUUAGAACUUCACGAUCAAAACAAGCAUAAACAAAUAUUACGAUUUGUGAAUGAUUGCAUUGAUAGAAAAAUAAUUAUAGGUAAAGAUGUAAUUAAGAAGCUGUUUAGAUUGUACAGUUUGACAGGAAGAGUAGAAGCCGUUGGGCUGCUGCAGAACUAUUGUUCUAGAAUUACACCAGACUUGCAUAAAAAAAAUGGUGAAUUUGCUCAUUAUAUCGCUAAAGCUCAAUGCAUGAAAGGUAAUUCUAAAGAGGGCUUAACAAUUCUGACACAUGCAUAUAAGAAAAAUGUAAACCUCAGAGCAUUUUAUAGGAUAAUCUUUAAAGAGUUAAUUCACGACUCCGUCAUGAACAGAUCGGAGGCUUCGUUAGUUAAUUUCAAGAAGUAUGUCCUAGAAUUUAGUAGCAGGUGGAAGGAUAACUAUCCAUUAGUCUGCUUUUGGCAUAUUUGUUGGGAGAGUGACUGGUUCUCUGAUCAAAUGCUCGCUGAUGAGUUAUUAGAAGCAUCUGAAGAUCUUCAGAAAAUUUUAGGGGGAGAUGUCGCUGUCUAUAUGCCUAAAUAG